GGGCUCCCGCCGCGCUCACUGUCCCGGGAGCGCGGAGUCGCGGCCCCGAGCCGGGAAGAUGGCGAAGCGCAGCGCGCGGCAGCGUGCGGGGAGCGCACUGCCCGGGGGCGGCUCCAGGGGUCCCGCACCGCUGCUGCUGGCCGGGCUGGCGCUGCUGGGCGCGGCGCGGGCGCGGGCCGCGGCGGGUGGCGACUUCAGCCUGCACCCGCCCUACUUUAACCUGGCCGAGGGCGCCCGCAUCGUCGCGUCCGCGACCUGCGGCGAGGAGGCCCCAGCGCGCGGGCCCCCGCGCCCCACCGAGGACCUCUACUGCAAGCUGGUGGGGGGACCCGUGGCCGGCGGAGACCCCAACCAGACCAUCCAGGGCCAGUACUGUGACAUCUGCACAGCGGCCGACAGCAACAAGGCGCACCCCGCGAGCAACGCCAUCGACGGCACGGAGCGCUGGUGGCAGAGCCCGCCCCUGUCCCGCGGCCUGGAGUACAACGAGGUCAACGUGACCCUGGACCUGGGCCAGGUUUUCCACGUGGCCUAUGUGCUCAUCAAGUUCGCCAACUCCCCUCGGCCGGACCUCUGGGUGCUGGAACGUUCCACGGACUUCGGCCACACCUACCAGCCGUGGCAGUUCUUUGCUUCCUCCAAGAGGGACUGCCUGGAGCGCUUCGGGGCGCGGACGCUGGAACGCGUGAGCCGGGACGACGACGCGGUCUGCACCACCGAGUACUCGCGCAUCGUGCCCCUGGAGAACGGCGAGAUCGUGGUGUCGCUGGUGAACGGGCGCCCAGGGGCCAUGAACUUCUCCUUCUCGCCGCUGCUGCGGGACUUCACCAAGGCCACCAACAUCCGCCUCCGCUUCCUGCGCACCAACACGCUGCUGGGCCACCUGAUGGGCAAGGCGCUGCGGGACCCCACGGUCACCCGCCGGUAUUAUUACAGCAUCAAGGACAUCAGCGUCGGCGGCCGCUGCGUCUGCCACGGCCACGCGGACGUCUGUGAUGCCACGGACCCCGCGGAGCCUUUCCGGCUGCAGUGUGCCUGCCAGCACAACACGUGCGGGGGCUCCUGUGACCGCUGCUGCCCCGGCUUCAACCAGCAGCCCUGGAAGCCAGCCACCACCGACAGCGCCAACGAGUGCCAGCCCUGUAACUGCCACGGCCACGCCCAUGCCUGUUACUACGACCCCGAGGUGGCCCGGCGCCACGCCAGCCAGGACCAAGACAAUAUCUACCAGGGAGGGGGCGUGUGCAUUGACUGCCAGCACCACACCACCGGCAUCAACUGCGAGCGCUGCCUGCCCGGCUUCUACCGCGCCCCGGACCAGCCCCCUGACUCGCCACAUGCCUGUCGCCCCUGCGCCUGCGAGUCGGACUUCACCGACGGGACGUGCGAGGACCUGACGGGCCGCUGCUACUGCCGGCCCAAUUUCACGGGGGAGCGGUGCGACGCGUGUGCCGAGGGCUACACCGGCUUUCCACACUGCUACCCGCUGCCCUCCUCCCCUAGCGACACUGGUGAGCAGGUGCUGCCGGCUGGACAGAUCGUGAACUGUGACUGCAGCGCCGCUGGCACAGGGCAACGCCUGCCGGAAGAUCCACGCGUGGGACGCUGCGUGUGCAAACCCAACUUCCAGGGCACCCACUGCGAGCUCUGUGCGCCCGGGUUCUACGGCCCUGGCUGCCAGCCGUGCCCGUGCUCCAGCCCCGGGGUGGCCGACGGCCUCUGCGACCCCGACUCGGGCCAGUGCCGGUGCCGGCUGGGCUUCGAGGGAGCUGCGUGCGACCGCUGCGCGCCCGGCUACUUCCACUUCCCCCUCUGCCAGCUGUGUGGCUGCAGCCCCACCGGGACCCUGCCUGAAGGCUGCGACGAGGCUGGCCGCUGCCUGUGCCGGCCUGGGUUUGACGGCCCCCGCUGUGACCAGUGCCGCCCUGGCCACCAUGGUUACCCUGACUGCCAGGCCUGUGCCUGUGAUCCCCGGGGAGCCCUGGAUCAGCUGUGUGGGGCCGGUGGCUUGUGCCGCUGCCGCCCUGGCUACGCAGGUGCCGCCUGCCAGGAGUGCAGCCCCGGCUUCCACGGCUUCCCCGACUGCACGCCCUGCCAGUGCUCCCCCGACGGCUCCCUGCACAGCACCUGCGAUCCCCGGAGCGGGCAGUGCAGCUGCCGGCCCCGCGUGACGGGGCUGCGGUGCGACACGUGUGUGCCCGGCGCCUACAACUUCCCUUCCUGUGAGGCUGGCUCCUGCCACCCUGCUGGCCUGGCCCCCGCCGAUCCUGCCCUUCCUGAGCCUUGGCCCCUCGCAGGCACAAGCCCCUGUGUGUGCCGGGCGCACGUGGAGGGGCCGGGCUGUGACCGCUGCAGAGCUGGCUUCUGGGGGCUGAGCCCCAGCAACCCCGAGGGCUGCGCCCGCUGCAGCUGCGACCCCAGGGGCACAGUGGGUGGAGGUGCUGAGUGCCACGCGGAUAGCGGCCAGUGCUUCUGCAAGCCCCACGUAUGGUGUGGCCGGACCUGCGCGGCCUGCAAGGAUGGCUUCUUCGGGCUGGACCAGGGCUACUUCGGCUGCCGCAGCUGUCGGUGUGACGUUGGCGGUGCUCUGGGCCAGGGCUGCGAGCCGAGGACGGGCACCUGCCGGUGCCGCCCCAACACCCAGGGCCCCACCUGCAGCGAGCCCGCGAAGAACCACUACCUGCCGGACCUGCACCACCUGCGGCUGGAGCUGGAGGAGGCGGCCACGCCAGAGGGCCGCGCUGUGCGCUUCGGCUUCAACCCCCUGGAGUUCGAGGGCUUCAGCUGGAGGGGCUACGAGAUGACGCCCAUCCAGCCCAGGAUCGUGGCCAGGCUGAACGUGACCUCCCCUGACCUCUUCCGGCUCGUCUGCUACGUGAACCGUGGGCCCGUGGGCGUGAGCGGCCGGGUGUCCGUGCAGGAGGAGGGCACCCCCUCAGGCCCGGAGCAGAGCCAGCCCGUGGCCUUCCCGCCGAGCACGGAGCCCGCCUUUCUCACCGUGCCCAGGAGGGGCUUCGGGGAGCCCUUCGUGCUGCACCCCGGCACCUGGUCCCUGCUGGUGGAGGCAGAGGGGGUGCUGCUGGACUACGUGGUUCUGCUGCCCAGCGCCUACUACGAGGCCGCCCUGCUGCAGCUGCGGGUGACCGAGGCCUGCCUGGCCCGCGCCCCUGCCCAGCGCACCGGGGAGAACUGCCUCCUGUACGCCCACCUGCCCCUGGACGGCUUCCCCUCUGCUGCCGGGCAAGAGGCCCUGUGUCGCCAUGACAACAGCCUGCCGCGGCCCUGCCCCACGGAGCACCCCAGCCCCUCACACCCGCUGCUGGCCGCCUGCAUAGGCAGUGAUGUGGAUGUCCAACUUGAGGUGGCUGUGCCGCGGCCGGGCCGCUAUGCCCUGGUGCUGGAGUACGCCAGCGAGGACGCCCCCCAGGAGGUGGCCGUGGCCGUGCAUACCCCCCAAGCUGCUCCCCAGGAGGGGGCGCUCACCCUCCACCCCUGCCCAUACAGCAACCUCUGCAGGGGCCUUGUCCUGGACACACAGCGCCACCUGGCCGCCUUCCACCUGGACUCAGAGGCCAGCAUCCGGCUGACAGCCGAGCACAGCGCGCUUCUCCUGCACAGCGUCACCCUGGUGCCCCUGGAGGUGUUCAGCGUGGAGUUCGUGCAGCCCCAGGUCCACUGCAUCAGCAGCCAUGGAGCCGUCGGCAGUGCCGCCUGUGUGCCCUCCCACUUCCUGAAGCCGCCCCAGCCCAUCAUCCUCAGGGACUGUCAGGUGUUGCCGCUGCCGCCCGGCCUGCCCAUCACCCACUCACAGGAGCUCAUGCCGGGCGCGCCCCCGGCCGGACCCCAGCCUCGGCCCCCCACCUCCGUGGACCCCGAGUCAGAGCCCACCCUCCUACGGCACCCCCAGGGCACGGUGGUCUUCACCACCCAGGUCCCCAGCCUCGGCCGCUACGCCUUCCUGCUGCACGGCUACCAGCCGGCCCACCCCACCUUCCCCGUGGAGGUGCUCAUCGAUGGCGGCCGCGUCUGGCAAGGCCACGCCAACGCCAGCUUCUGCCCGCACGGCUACGGCUGCCGCGCCCUGGUGCUGUGUGAGGGCCAGGCCGGUCUCGACGUGACCGACAGUGAGCUCACCGUGACCGUGCGCGUGCCCGAGGGCCGGUGGCUCUGGCUGGAUUACGUGCUCGGUCCUGAGGACGCGUACAGCUCCAGCUACCUCCGGGAAGAGCCCCUGGACAAGUCCUACGACUUCAUCAACCACUGCGCCACCCACGGCUACCACAUCAGCCCCAGCAGCUCGUCCGCCUUCUGCCGCAAUGCCGCCGCCUCCCUCUCCCUCUUCUACAACAAUGGCGCCCAGCCUUGUGGCUGCCACGAGGCCGGUGCCACGGGCCCCACGUGUGAGCCGUUCGGGGGCCAGUGUCCCUGCCGCGCCCACGUCAUCGGCCGCGACUGCUCCCGCUGUGCCACUGGCUACUGGGGCUUCCCCCACUGCAGACCCUGCGACUGCAGCACCCGGCCCUGUGAGGAGCUCACUGGUCAGUGCAUCUGCCCGCCCCGCACCGUCCCGCCCAGCUGCCUGCACUGCCAGCCCCAGACCUUCGGCUGCCACCCCCUGGUCGGCUGUGAGCAGUGCAACUGCUCGGGACCCGGCGUCCAGGAGCUCACCGACCCCACGUGCGACGUGGACAGCGGCCAGUGCAAGUGCAGACCCAACGUGGCUGGGCGCCGCUGUGACACCUGUGCCCCCGGCUUCCACGGCUUCCCCAGCUGCCGGCCCUGUGACUGCCACGAGGCCGGCACCGUGCCUGGCAUCUGCGACCCCCUCACGGGGUGCUCUUGCAAGGAGAACGUGGAGGGCCCCAGGUGUGACCAGUGCCGCCUCGGGACCUUCUCCCUGGACGCCGCCAACCCCAAGGGCUGCACUCGCUGCUUCUGCUUCGGGGCCACUGAGCGCUGCAGGAGCUCCGCCUACACCCGCCGGCAGUUCGUGGACAUGGAGGGCUGGACGCUGCUCGACAGUGACCGGCAGCUGGUGCCCCUGGAGCCGCGGGCGGAAGCAGAAGAGCUGCUCCGCGCAGACCUCCGGCACGUGUCCGACACCCUCCCUGAGCUGUACUGGCAGGCUCCGCCCUCCUACCUGGGGGACCGGGUGUCGUCAUAUGGGGGGACCCUCCGCUAUGAGCUGCACUCAGAGACCCAACGCGGAGACGUCUUUGUCCCCACCGAGAGCAGACCAGAUGUGGUGCUGCAGGGCAACCAAAUGAGCAUCACGUUCCUGGAGCCCGCGUACCCCCCACCUGGCCACGUUCCCGGGCAGCUGCAGCUGGUGGAGGGGAACUUCCGGCACACGGAGACCCACAACGCCGUGUCCCGGGAGGAGCUCAUGAUGGUGCUGGCGGGCCUGGAGCACCUGCAGAUCCGCGCCCUGUUCUCGCAGAUCUCCUCGGCCGUCUCGCUGCGCAGGGUGGCGCUCGAGGUGGCCGGCGAGGGCGGCGGGGGCCCUGCGGCCAGCGACGUGGAGCUGUGCAUGUGCCCCGCCAGCUACCGCGGGGACUCGUGCCAGGAAUGCGCCCCUGGCCAUUACCGCGACGUCAAAGGUCUCUUCCUGGGCCGGUGUGUGCCCUGCCAGUGCCAUGGCCACUCAGACCGCUGCCUCCCUGGCUCCGGCAUCUGUGUGGACUGCCAGCACCACACGGAGGGAGACCACUGUGAACGCUGUGCGGCCGGCUUCGUGAGCAGUGGGACCGGCGACCCCGCAGCCCCCUGCGUCAGCUGCCCCUGCCCCCUGGCGGUGCCGUCCAACAACUUUGCCACGGGCUGUGUCCUGCGAGGGGGCCGCAGCCAGUGCCUGUGCAAGCCUGGUUACGCGGGGGCCUCCUGCGAGCGGUGUGCGCCCGGCUUCUUCGGGAACCCGCUGGUGCUGGGCAGCUCCUGCCAGCCCUGCGACUGCAGUGGCAACGGCGACCCCAACAUGCUGUUCAGCGACUGCGACCCCCUGACCGGCGCCUGCCGCAGCUGCCUGCACCACACCACGGGGCCACGCUGCCAGACCUGCGCCCCCAGCUUCUACGGCAACGCCCUGCUCCCCGGGAACUGCACGCGGUGCGACUGCUCCCCGUGUGGGACAGAGGCCUGCGACCCCCACAGCGGGCAGUGUCUGUGCAAGGCAGGAGUGGCCGGGCAGCGCUGUGACCGCUGUCAGGAGGGACACUUCGGCUUUGACGGCUGUGGGGGCUGUCGCCCCUGUGCCUGCGGGCCAGCUGCCGAGGGCUCCGAGUGCCACCCCCAGAGUGGGCAGUGCCAAUGCCGACCAGGGGCUGCUGGCCCCCAGUGCCGCCAGUGUGCUGCUGGCCACUGGGGGCUGCCCGAGCUGGGCUGCAGGCGCUGCCAGUGCCCAGGGGGCCGCUGUGACCCCCACACAGGCCACUGCACCUGCCCGCCCGGGCUCAGCGGGGAGCGCUGUGAUGCCUGUAGCCAGCAGCACCAGGUGCCUGUGCCGGGCGGGCCCGGAAGCCACGGCGUCCACUGCGAAGUGUGUGACCACUGCGUGGUGCUCCUGCUGGACGACCUGGAGCGGGCGGCCGCCCUCCUCCCCACCAUCCGGGAGCAGCUCCGUGGCCUCAACGCCAGCUCCGUGGCCUGGGCCCGGCUGCACAGGCUGAACGCCUCCAUUGUGGAGCUGCAGGGCCAGCUCCGGAGCCCCCUGGGCCCCCGCCCCGGGCCUGCGCAGCAGCUGGAGGCAGUGGAGCGGCAGAGCUCGAGCCUCGGCGAGGACGUCCAGCGGCUGGGGGACCAGGCCGAGGGGGCCCGCGGCCGGGCUGGCCAGCUGCUGGAUGGCACUGAGGCCACGCUGGGCCGGGCACAGACGCUGCUGGCAGCCGUCCAGGCUGUGGUUGGUGCCCUGAGAGGGCUUGAGGUCCUGACGGGCCACCUGCCGCCAGCCAACGUGUCGGCCCCAUCCGCCGAGCAGCUGCGCCAUGCGCUGGCCGAGGCGGGCCGGCUGCUCGGCGAGAUGCGUGCCCGUGACCUGGGGACGCAGCAGGCUGUGGCCGAGGCGGAGCUGGCCGAGGCCCAGAGGCUGCUGGCCCGCGUGCAGGGGCAGCUGACCAGCCGCUGGGAGGAGAACCAGGCGCUGGCCGCAAGCAUCCGCGGGCAGCUGGCCCAGCACGAGGCCGGCCUCAUGGACCUGCGCGAGGCCCUGAACCGGGCAGUGGGCACCACCCGGGAGGCCGAGGAGCUCAACAGCCGCAACCAGGAGCAGCUGCAGGCGGCGCUGGGACGGAAGCAGGAGCUGUCUCAGGACAACACCACCCUGCAGGCCGCCCUGCAGGCCGCCCGCCACACCCUGGCCCAGGCCUCGGGGCUGCUGAGCGGCAUGGACGAGGCAAAGGAGGAGCUGGAACGCCUGGCGGCCAGCCUGGACGGGGCGCAGACGCCGCUGCUGCGCCGGAUUCAGGCCUUCUCGCCGGCCGGCAGCAAGGUGGAGCUGGUGGAGGCCGCGGAGGCCCACGCGCGCCGCCUGGACGAGCUGGCACACAACCUGUCCAGCAUCAUCGCCGGCGUCAACCAGGACCGCUUCAUCCAGAGGGCCCUGGAGGCCUCCAGCGCCUACGGCAGCAUCCUGCGAGCCGUGCAGGCCGCCGAGACGGCUGCCAGCCAGGCCCUGCAGCAGGCUGACCGCACGUGGACGGCGGUGGUGCAGCGGGGCCUGGCGGCCCAAGCCCGGCAGCUGCUGGCCAACGGCAGUGCCCUGCAGGAGGCCGUGCUGGGCGAGCAGCAGAGGCUGGGCCGCGCGUGGGGCGUCCUCCAGGGCACUGGGACCCGGCUCCAAGACACUCGGGCCACGAAGGACCGGCUGGCGGCUCGCGUGCAGGAGGUGCAGGCCAUGCUGGCCAUGCACACAGACGAGACCAGCAGGAAGAUUGCACGUGUCAAGGCCAUGGCCGCCGAGGCCCAGGACAAGGCUUCCCGUAUGCAGGCGCAGCUGCUCGACAUGCAGAGGAGCCUGGAGCGCUGGCAGGGCCAGUUAGGGGCCCUGCGGGGACAGGACCUGGGCCAGGCGGUGCUGGACGCCGGCCGCUCAGUGUCCACGCUGGAGAAGACGCUGCCACAGCUGCUGGCCAAGCUGAGCCUCCUGGAGAACCGUGGGGCGCCCAACACCAGCCUGGCCCUGUCCGCCAGCAUCGGCCGCGUGCGGGAGCUCAUCGCCCAGGCCCGGGGGGCCGCCAGCAAGGUCAAGGUGCCCAUGAAGUUCAACGGGCGCUCAGGGGUGCAGCUGCGCGCCCCGCGAGACCUCACCGACCUGGCCGCCUACACCGCCCUCAAGUUCUACCUGCAGAGCCCGGAGCCGCCGCGCGGGCAGGACUCCGGGGACCACUUCGUGCUCUACAUGGGCAGCCGCCAGGCCACCGGGGACUACAUGGGCGUGGCCCUGCGGAAGCAGAAGGUGCACUGGGUGUACCAGCUCGGGCCAGCCGGCCCCACAACGCUCAGCGUGGACGAGGACAUAGGGGAGGAGUUCGCCACUGUCAGCAUCGACAGGACCCUCCAGUUUGGCCACAUGUCCAUCACGGUGGAGCAGCAGACUGUCCACGAGACCAAGGGUGACACGGUGGCCCCUGGGCCCGAGGGGCUGCUGGACCUGCGGCCCGACGACUUCGUCUUCUACGUGGGCGGCUACCCCAGCAGCUUCACGCCCCCCGCGCCCCUCCGCUUCCCCGGCUACCGGGGCUGCAUUGAGAUGGACACGCUGAACGAGGAGGUGGCCAGCCUGUACAACUUCGUGAGCACCUUCCAGCUCGACACGGCCGUGGACAAGCCUUGCGCCCGCUCCAAGUCUACCGGGGACCCGUGGCUCACAGACGGCUCCUACCUGGACGGCACCGGCUUCGCCCGCAUCAGCUUCGACAGUCAGAUCGGCACCACCAAGCGCUUCGAGCAGGAGCUGCGGCUCGCGUCGUCCAGCGGGGUCAUCUUCUUCCUGCAGCACGAGAGCCAGUUCCUGUGCCUGGCGGUGCGUGAGGGGACGCUCGUGCUCCUGUACGACUUUGGCUCGGGGCUGAAGGAGGCCGCACCGCAGCAGCCCCUGCCGCCCAUGACCGCGGCCAGCAAAGCGAUCCAGGUGUUCCUGCUGGGGAGCAGCCGCAGGCGCGUGCUGGUGCGCGUGGAGAGGCUCACCGUGUUCAGCGUGGACCAGGACAACACGCUGGAGCUGGCCAGUGCCUACUACCUGGGGGGCGUGCCGCCCAGCCAGCUGCCGCCGAGCCUGCGGCCACUCUUCCCCAGCGGGGCCUCCAUCCGCGGCUGCGUGAAGGGCAUCAAGGCGCUGGGCAAGUACGUGGACCUCAAGAGGCUGAACACCACGGGCGUGAGCUCGGGCUGCACCGCCGACCUGCUGGCGGUCCGCGCCCUGACCUUCCACGGCCACGGCUUCCUGCCGCUGCCCCUGCCGGACGUGGCGCCCCUCACCGGUGACGUCUACUCGGGCUUCGGCUUCCACAGCACCCAGGACAGCGGCCUGCUCUUCUACCGCGCCUCCCCCGACGGGCUGUGCCAGGUGUCGCUGCACCAGGGCCACCUGACCCUCCAGCUGCUGAGGACGGAGGUCCGCACCCGCGGGAGCUUCAACGACGGCUCAAGCCACUACGUGGCCUUCUACGGCAAUGCUUCGGGGGUCUGGCUGUACGUGGACGACCAGCUGCAGCAGACCAGGCCCCAGCAGGGGCCGCCCCCCGGGCUCGGGCCGCGGCCUGAGGAGCCCCCACAGCUCCUCCUGGGCGGCCUGCCCGAGACCGGGGCCUUACGCAACUUCAGCGGCUGCAUCCGCAACGUGUUCGUGCGGCGGCUCCAGGAGCCGCAGCGCGUGUUCAACCUGCAGAACGGCGGCGGCGUCAACGUGAGCACCGGCUGCGUCCCGGCCCCUCCCGCCCAGGCCCCAGGCCGGGGGCCACAAGCACUGCAGGCCGUGGCUAGAAAGGCGUCCCGCCGAAGCCGCCAGCCUACGCAGGACAAGGGCUGCACACCACCCCCCCACCUCAGGACCCUCGGUGACGCCUAUCAGUUUGGGGGCCCCCUGUCCAGUCACCUGGAGUUCGCAGGCAUCGCCGCCCCCCGCGGGGACUGGUUCCAGCUGUCCAUGCACCUGCGCCCUCGAGCCCCCCACGGCCUCCUGCUGCUCGCUGCCCCCCUCACAACCAGCGGCCCCUCCCUGGUGCUGGCUCUGAGCCGUGGACACGUCGUCGCGCAGACAGAGGGCCCCGGGCCCCGGCUCCACGCACGGAGCCACCGGCGUGCCCAGGCUGGCCAGUGGCACACAGUGUCCGUGCGCUGGAAGACGGGCCAGAUCCAGCUGAGGAUGGACGGGAGCCACACCCGGAGUCAGGGGGGGCCCCGCCAGGGCCCCCGGGAGGCACAGAGCCCCCAGCCCCACACCCUGUUUGUGGGGGGCCUCCCAGCCGGCAGCCUCAUCCCUAAGCUCCCGGUGUCCACUGGGUUCAGUGGCUGUGUGAGGAGACUGCGGCUGGACGGGCAGCCCCUGGGGGCCCCCACAAGGGUUGUGGGGGUCACACCCUGCACCUCGGGCCCCCUGGAGCAGGGCCUGUUCUUCCCAGGCAGCGGCGGAGUCGUGUCCAUAGGCCUCCCAGGAGCUGCACUGUCCAGGCUGGAGCUGGAGCUGCGCCCCCGAGCAGCCAGGGGCCUCGUCUUCCACCUGGGCCAGGUGCAGGGCGCCCCCUACCUGCAGCUCCAAGUGUUUAAGGAGCAGGUGCUGCUUCAGGCGGACGAUGGCGCAGGCCCCUUCUCCACGUGGGUGACGCCGCCCACAGGGCUCUGCGAUGGGCAGUGGCACCGAGUGGCAGUGAGGAGAGCGGGCAGCGUGCUGCAGCUGGAAGUGGACGCUCAGAGCAACCACACCGUGGGCCCCGCCCUGGCCACCGCGGUGGACGGGCCAGCACUCCUGCACCUUGGGGGCCUGCCAGAGACCACAACUGCAGAGGCCGGGCCCCCAGCAUACAGCGGCUGCAUGCGGAGCCUGGUGGCCAACGGGUCCCCCAUCGCCGUGACGCGCUCUGCCACGGUCCAGGGGUCAGUGGGGGCCAGCGGCUGUCCAGCCAGCUAAGGCAGCUCCUGUCUGGAAUCAAGGCUGCAGGACCGCUCCCCUCCCUACCACACAGGGCCAGGCCGGGCCGGCGGCCCCAGAACAGGCUUGGUGGCAGUGUCUGGCCCCUUGGGGGGGCUCCGGGGCUCAUCUGCCCUCCACCCGUCACCGCAUGAGAUCUGUGGACCACUGGUUCCUUUUCCCUCAAAUAAAAAAUAAAUGACUUGUUUAACUCA